AUGCAGAUCCCAUUUACUCGCUGGUGCUUCAUACUCCUCAUCUUUAUGAAUUAUCCAACCCUGGCACUUCCAACCAUGGCAAAUGUCACCACUGUUCCAACAGAGCCCGAGCCAUUUCUGUACAUUGUAGGACGACAGAAACUGAUGGAUGCACAGACCAGAUGCUAUAGACGGAUGCAGCAGUUACCCCCAUACCAAGGAGAAGGUCCCUUCUGCAACCGCACCUGGGAUGGAUGGCUGUGCUGGGAUGACACACCGGCGGGCGUGACGUCUCAUCAGCCCUGCCCCGAUUACUUUCCCGACUUUGAUAUUGCAGAAAUGGUUUCAAAAUACUGUGAUGAAAACGGGGUUUGGUUUAAACAUCCUGAGAAGAAUGAAACCUGGACUAACUAUAGUAUGUGUUAUGCUUUCUCUCCUGAUAAAAUGAAGAACGCGUACUUCCUGUACUACGUGGCUAUUGUGGGACACUCGGUUUCUAUUCUCACCUUGUCAGUCUCGCUGGGGAUUUUCCUGUAUUUCAAGAAUCUUGGCUGCCAAAGGGUAACUAUGCAUAAGCACAUGUUUCUGACUUACAUUCUGAAUUCUAUUACUAUCCUCAUCCACCUAAUCCAAGUGGUCCCGAACGGAGAGCUCGUGAGCACGGACCCGCUGAGCUGCAAGAUUUUGAAUUUUAUCAACCAGUACAUGAUGGCGUGCAAUUAUUUCUGGAUGCUCUGUGAAGGGAUCUAUCUUCACACACUCAUUGUGGUGGCCGUGUUCACUGAGAAACAGCACAUGAAGUGGUAUUAUCUCUUGGGCUGGGGGUUCCCAUUGGUGCCAACUACUAUCCAUGCUAUUACCAGGGUGAUGUACUUCAAUGACAACUGCUGGCUGAGUGCAGAGACUCAUUUGCUUUACAUCAUCCACGGCCCUGUCAUGGCAGCAUUAGUGAUCAACUUCUUCUUUCUGCUCAACAUCGUCCGUGUGCUGGUGAAGAAGAUGAGGGAGACCCAGCAGGCCGACUCGCACAUGUACCUGAAGGCAGUGAGGGCCACUCUGUUCCUGGUGCCCCUGCUGGGCGUCCAGUUCGUCGUCUUUCCCUGGAGGCCCACCGGCAAGAUUCUCGGCCAAAUCUAUGACUACGUGAUGCAUUUUCUGAUUCAUUUCCAGGGCUUCUUCGUUGCGGUGAUUUACUGCUUCUACAACAGCAACGUCCAAGCCACCCUGAAGCGCCAGUGGAAUCUCCUGAAAAUCCAAUGGAGCCAGCGCUACGGGCGCCCCAACCGCAACCGCAGGCGCCCCGAUUACAACGCUGUGCUGGCGGCCGCGGCCGCUGCCGCCGCGGCCCAGGCGGACGCCGGCGGCCUCCCCGUGUACAUCUGCCAUCAGGAGCCCAGGAACAACGAAGCCGCCAUCAACCUGGGCGAGGAGGUCCCCGAGGCCAUCCCCAUGGAAGUCAUAGAGCAGGAGUCAUGCGCUUAA